UUCGGAAACGACAGACUCAUUGCGGAAGUGACGUCACAGAGCGCGCCAGUAAAACAGGCAGAAACCCUGUAGUAGCUCUGCUUGUUUUGAUGUGCUUUGUUUUUGAAAUAAGAUAUUCCGUAACACCAAAAUCGAGCCCGAACAAGACGUUUGAAUCGAACCAGUCGGAAGACUUUGUCUGUUAAAGUCAGCAGGAAGCAAGAAGCUAAACUAGCUAUUUAGGAGACGAAACAGGAUUUUCAAUUCUGGAUUUAGAAGACGCAAAUUUUCUGUUAAGCGAGAAGAAGCUACGUUUACCACAGCGGUAUCUUCUUGUUUUUUAUUUUUAGAUAUAAUUUGUAACAGUCAACUAACCGAGGAGUCUUCCGGCGGCUACCUCAUUCCUUUGUUGCUCCGCCGGCUCAUGUCAUCAUGGCGGCCUCUCUGCCUCAGAAGCCGGGCAUGGCGGGGAUGCUCCCCGGCGCCUCGGCGGCUCCGGGCCAGCAGCCCCCUCAGCAGGGAGCUCUCAGAGAGAUCUCCCCGGUGUUCCUGUGCAGGAUCGGACAGGAGACCGUGCAGGACAUCGUCACGCGCACAAUGGAGAUCUUUCAGAUCACGCGGGCCACACAGCUGCCGAACGGCGUGACUCAGAGCCACGCCAUGUACCAGGAUCGCUUCGGGAAACUGCAGGAGCAUCUCCGCCAGCUGGCUUUGCUCUUCAGGAAGCUCCGGCUGCUGUACGAGCGCUGCGUGGAGAUGACCUCUGACCUGCAGGAGGAGCCUGCAGAGCUCGUGCCGUACGUGGGGGAGGACCUGGUUUCUGUUCGGGUGGAGCCCUGCAGUCCCACUGUCAGCCAGGAGAGACAGGAAGUCUUGGAGAAGGUGCGUCAGAAGAACCAGGAGAUGAAAGUCCUGAUGGACCAGAUGAGGAACCUGCUGUGGGACGUCAACGCCAUGCUGACGCUCAGGAAGUGACGGCGCGCGACCAACAGAGAAGGUGAAGCGAUGCUCCCUUUGUCAGAGGACCGAGACGGGAAGUCCCGCCUCUUCUGCACUCCUCACUGACUGCUGUUACCGAUCGUUUGACGAAAAAACGUUUUCGCAAAAGAAAAGAAAAACCUGGACUGUAAGUGUUGACAUGGACACGGUGCAGUCGGGGUCAUUUUAGUUGUUUUUUUUUGUGUUGCCAUGACGCCGAACACAGGUGGGUCCUUGCAGGUAAAGCCGAGGCGGCUCAAAUAUUCCUGUUUACAAACGUCUCUACAGCACUGAGAGAGUCUCGGCAGCUCUGGAUCUCAGGUUUUCUGCGCGGAACUCUGCGUUUUUAUUGAUGAACGUCCUAAAGUUGAUGUGGUUUCUGUUUGGCCAUUUUCUUGUCUCAUUUCUGUCGCCGUGCACACUAAGCUGAAACUGUUUCCUUUGAAACAAACUUUUCUUUGUCCAUUUAAAAAAACAUUAAAAGGCUGUAUUUGUAAUAAAAACGCAUUUCUUCAGAGAACUCAA